AUGUUUCUGAGUGUUUGCAUGAAGAGCUUUGAGAGAGUCUGUGGAUGUCCCGUGAGAGGUCUGUCUGUGUUUGUGUCUCUGUCUCUAACAUGUCCAUGUUGUCUCCUGCAGGAAUGGGUGACGGCCACAGACAUCAGAGUGACUCUGAACAGACUCAACACGUUUGGAGACGAAGUGUUCAACGACCCGAAGGUGCUCAAGUCGUAUUACUACGCCAUCUCUGACUUCGCCGUGGGAGGAAGGUGUAAGUGUAACGGUCACGCCAGUGAGUGUGUGAAGAACGGACGAGGACGGCUGGUGUGUAACUGCAAACACAACACGGAGGGCGACGACUGCAACGUCUGCAAACCGUUCUACAACGACCGGCCGUGGAUGAGAGCGACCGCCGACAACCCCAACGAGUGUCUGCCCUGUGACUGUAACGGGAAGAGCUCCGAGUGUUACUUCGAUAAGGAGCUGUACCGGGCCACGGGUCACGGAGGUCACUGCAGGAACUGUGCGGACAACACCGGAGGUCCGAACUGUGAGCGCUGCCUGGAAAACUACUACAGAGACCAGAGCGGCAGCCGCUGCCUGCCCUGCAGCUGCAACACUGUCGGCUCGGAGUCUCCUCAGUGUGACAACAGAGGAAUGUGUGCGUGUAAACCGGGAGUGACCGGAGAGAAGUGCGACCGCUGCCAGCCCGGAUACCACAGCCUGACGGAGGCCGGCUGCAGGCCGUGUUCUUGCUCGCCCUCGGGCAGCACUCAGGAGUGUGACGUCAACACGGGACAGUGUCGCUGCAAAGACCACGUGGAGGGCUUCAGCUGCGACAGGUGUAAACUGGGCUACUUCAACCUGGACCCGACCAACCCUCAGGGCUGCACGCCGUGCUUCUGCUUCCAGCACUCGUCUGUGUGCGACAGCGCCGAAGGCUUCAGCGUCCACGCCAUCAGCUCGUCCUUCCACAGAGAUGACGAGCAGUGGACCGGUCAGCAGCGUGACGGCUCCAGUGUCCCGGUCCAAUGGUCCUCCAGCGGACAGGAAGUCUCCCUCAUCUCAGAAGACUACUUCCCCAUGUACUUCAUAGCCCCAGAGAAGUUUUUGGGGAACCAGAUGUUGAGUUACGGUCAGAACCUGAGUCUGAGUUUCCGGGUCGACCGGCGGGACACUCGGCUGUCGGCGGAGGAUCUGGUUCUGGAGGGAUCCGACCUGAGGGUGGCUGUCCCCCUCAUCGCCCAGGGCAACGCCUACCCCAAUGAGAACAUGCAGACAUACGUGUUCAGGCUCCAUGACAGCACUGAUUACCCCUGGAGGCCUCCGGUCAGCCACUCAGACUUCCAGAAACUUCUUCACAACCUGACGGCCAUCAAGAUCCGCGGCACCUACAGCGAGAGGAGUGCCGGUUAUCUUGACGAUGUUACCUUGGUGACGGCGAGGCGUGGUCCAGGUGUGCCGGCCCGUUGGGUGGAGCAGUGCACCUGUCCUCAGGGUUACCAGGGUCAGCACUGCGAGCAGUGCACUGUGGGAUAUCGCCGUGCCCGUCCAGAGCUCGGAGCCUUCAGCGCCUGCGAGCCGUGCAACUGUAACGGACACAGCGACGCCUGCAACCCCGACACAGGAGCGUGCGACUGUCAGGACAACACGGCUGGUUUGAGCUGUGAGCGCUGUAAAGACGGUUUCUAUGGCGACGCCACCCGGGGGACGUCAGGUGACUGUCAGCCAUGUCCUUGUCCAUCCGGAGCGACCUGCGCCGUCGUCCUGAAGACCAGAGAGGUCGUCUGCACCAACUGUCCCACCGGAACCACAGGUAAACGCUGCGAGCUCUGUGAUGACGGUUUCUUCGGCGACCCGCUGGGUCAGAGCGGCCCGGUCCGAGCCUGCCGCGCCUGCAAGUGCAGCGACAACAUCGACCCCAAUGCUGUUGGCAACUGCAACCGCGAGACCGGAGAGUGCCUGAAGUGCAUCCACAACACCGACGGCUUCUUCUGCGACCGCUGCAAGGACGGUUUCUACGGCAACGCCCUCGCCACCAACCCCGCCGACAAGUGCAAACCGUGCUCCUGUUCGCCGUCCGGUACCGUCGGCCGUCAGUCCGCCUGCUCGCAGGUCACCGGUCAGUGUCAGUGCCUCCCCAACGUGGCCGAGCGCGACUGCAGCGCCUGCCAGCCCGGCUUCUUCAACCUGCAGAGCGGCAACGGCUGCGAACGGUGUAACUGUAAUCCGAUUGGCUCCACCAACGGGCAGUGUGACAUCACGACAGGACAGUGCGAGUGUCAGCCCGGCAUCACCGGCCUGCACUGCGAGCGCUGCGAGGUCAACUUCUUCGGCUUCAGCUCGUCGGGAUGCAAACCUUGCGACUGCGACCCGGAAGGCUCUCAGUCGGGUCAGUGCAAAGAGGACGGGCGCUGCGAGUGCCGGCCCGGCUUCGUCGGCGCUCGGUGCGACAUGUGCGAGGAGAACUACUUCUACAACCGCUCGGCGCCGGGCUGCCAGCAGUGUCCUUCCUGCUACAGUCUGGUCAGAGACAAGGUGAACCAGCAGCGGCAGAAGCUUCACGACCUGCAGACUCUGAUCGAUAACCUCGGCUCCGGUGAGACCGUCACCGACGAGGCGUUCGAGGACCGGCUGAAGGAGGCGGAGCGGGCCAUCAUGGAGCUGCUGGACGAGGCUCAGGCCAGCAAAGCUGUAGACCAAGGUCUGCUGGACCGCCUGAACAACAUCAACAACACGCUGACCACGCAGUGGAACCGGCUGCAGAGCAUCCGCAACACGGUGGACGACACCGGCACACAAGCCGACCGCGCCCGCAACCGAGUCCGAGACGCCGAGAGCCUGAUCGACCGAGCCAGGCAGGAGCUGGACAAGGCCAAGGACGCCAUCAGCAAAGUGGAUAUCAAACCACCGACCGGCGCCGCAGACCCAAACAACAUGACGCUGCUGGCUGAGGAGGCUCGAACGCUUGCCGACAAGCACAAGAUGGACGCCGACCAGAUCGAGAAGAUCGCCAAAGACGCCAACGACACGUCGACCAAAGCGUACAACCUGCUGCUGAAGACUCUGGACGGAGAGAGCAAGACGAGUCAGGAGAUCAACGAGCUCAACAAGAAGUACAACGACGCGAAGGAGCUCGCCAAGAAUCUGGAGAAACAGGCCAACAAGGUUCAGGCCGAGGCGGAAGACGCCGGAGACAAAGCUCUGAAGAUCGCCGCCAACCUGACCAGCAUCCCGCCGCUAGACACCAAGGCUCUGGAGGACGAAGCCAGUAAGAUCAAGAAGGAGGCGUCGGACCUCGACAAGCUCAUCGACAAGACGGAGAAGGAGUACAACGACCUGAGAGACGACCUGAAGGGCAAAGAGCAGGAAGUGCGCAAACUGCUGGAGAAAGGCAAAAGUGAGCAGCAGACCGCAGAUCAGCUGUUGGCUCGAGCAGACGCUGCCAAAGCUCUGGCUGAGGAGGCGGCGAAGAAGGGUCAGUCGACCUUCAAGGAGGCCGAGAGCAUCCUGGAAGACCUCCGAGACUUCGACAGGAGGGUCAACGACAACAAGACCGCCGCCGAGGAAGCCAUGAAGAAGAUCCCGGCCAUCAACGCCACCAUCAUGGCGGCCAACGAGAAGACCAGGCAGGCGGAGGCGGCGCUCGGCAACGCGGCCGCUGACGCCAAAGAGGCCAAGAUGAAGGCGGAGGAUGCCGAGAGGAUCGCCAGCAACGUGCAGAAGGGCUCCGCCAAGACCAAGGAGGACGCGGAGAAGGCCUUCCAGGACACCAACAAGCUGGACGACGAGGUCGGCAACAUGAUGGACCAGCUGAGCGCCGCCGAGCAGGAGCUGGCCAAGAAGAAGGCGGACGCCGACCAGGACAUGAUGAUGGCGGGAAUGGCGUCAGACAACGCCAAGGAGGCCGAGGGCAACGCCCGCAAGGCCAAGAGCGCCGUGAAGACGGUGCUGAGCACCAUCACCGCCCUGCUGGAUCAGCUGGGAAACAUCGACAAGGUGGACCUGAGCAAACUGAACGAGAUCGACGAGUCCUUGAAGAGCGCCAAGGGCAAGAUGGCGAACAGCGAGCUGGACCGGAAGCUGGCGGAGCUGAACGACGUGGCGCGGACUCAGGAGGACAUGAUCAACAACUACGACCUGCAGAUCCGCGAGAUCCGCGCCGACAUCGACAACCUCAUCGACAUCAAGAACACGUUACCCGAGGGCUGCUUCAACACGCCGUCUCUGGAGAGGCCUUAACCCCGCCUCCUCCUCCUCCUCUGACACGCCCCCUUCACUUCUAACACUCGGCGAACACGCCAACUUUACCAAAAGUUUUUUAAUCUUUGUUUUUCUUUGUCGACCUUCAAACCACGUUCACGUUUUUCAGAAGAGAAGCAGCUUCUUUUUUUGUUGUUUUUUUUCUGUCUCGUCUUUCCGGUCUUUGCCGCCGCGCCGCCGUGCCGUGGUUACGGUAGAAUGAACUAAGCGGCGCAGAGAAGCCGUGCAGAGCGGUCGAGGACCCUCGAAGAAAAGAACCAAGAACCACAAACCCGACGUGACUGCACCCGUCUGACCCGCAAGAGGAAGUCUCACCGACACACAGGAAGUUCCUCCUCGAGGAGCGUCCGCUCGUUUCCCAUCAUGCCUCGGGACACUUUACAGUUUUCAGCUGAACGCGGCGGCUCGCUGUCAGAACGCCGCCGCCCUCUGCGUCUGGUUUUGUUUUUUAAACCAAUCAUGUCUCCACACAGUGAAGGAACCCUCCCGUCUGUCCUUCUUCUUCUCUCCAAAGCUUCGAGCCGACAGACAGAGGAAGACUUCUUCUUCUUCUUCUUCUUCUUCUGUUCUUCAUCAGUAUUCACGCCUUUAGCGGCGCCGCAGACGAAGCCUCUGAAGUCGAGCGAUGACUCAGCACGGCGGUCGUGUUUGGUUGAGGAGCCGCUCACCGUGCCGAGUCAUCCGUGUGUUCGCACGCUCGGCGUUCUCUGUUUGACUUCCGCGGCUCCGUCGCGCGUCAGCAGCGGUCGGACGUCACUUCCUGUCCGAUGUUUUUAACACUCCAUGUUUGGUCGUCGUCAGAAGUCGCUGCUCGUCUCGUUAACACGUUUCCUCCAGGCUAAAUCAACACUAUGCAACUUUGUCCACUUUGCGUAGCGAGGACUUUAUCUGAUACACUGGUGCUAAUAAUUAUUUCAAAUGUUUAUUUUUGUGUGAAUGUUUUUUAUUAAGACACAGUGAGGACUUUGUUGUUUGUGUAAAUAUGCUGCAAUGAUUCAGGUUGGCUGAUUUAAACAAACAAUCAAAUCAACUGAGACCUCCAGGUGAAUCUAUAUGAGUAUCUAUGACGUCUGUGGUAUGUUAUUAUAAUAUGCUUGCUUGUAUACAAGGCUCCGUGUUGCUGCCUCAUAGCGAUGCCAAUAUUUCAUUUGUUUUAUCGAUUGUGGAUUUUCACGUUAAUUCAACCUAACUGAAUAUUUUUGUGUUUGACCCUUUGUAUGGAGCUCGACGAGCUCGGCCACACGUUGCUUCAGUAGUUAACGUUUUAAUUAGUGUUUCGUGCCUUAAUAUAAAGUAAUCACAGCCCGACGAGGGCGUCCACGUUUUUAUUCACGUCCCCGUCGUCCUCGCUCCCUCACCGUCACCAUCAGAGCAGGGUCUCUUUAAAGGUCGGGUCCUGAACAGACAGCCAAUCAUCACGCAGCUCACCUGGACUGCUACUGCCUGUUCACCUGCCUCCAUCCAGACGGCGUGUCCGGCCUGCAGGGGGCGCAGCGCGCAGACAUGAUGUAUAAACAGUAUUUUAAGUUAUAAUGUACCACUUAUCUGUCCUGUAAUCUGUUGAUGUCGUAGACGCUGGUGUGUGCGCGCUGCAUCGUCACGGCGACCGCCUGUGUGACCCUGUCUGCUCCAUGAUGUCAAUCAAACGUAACAUUUGAAUAAUAAACAUUACUACAGGAA